GCCAGCGUGGACGACAUUUGCUAUUGACAAGGCAGCACGCCGCUCUCGCUGAGGCGAGGCAAGUGGUUCAAACAGCUACUAGGCGAGCAACAUGGAUGGUGUGUGGUGCGCGAUUACUCCAGGUCUAUUGCAUCUACAAUAUUCUCAAGGCGCGCACAGAAGAGAGGUCCUCUAGUAUUAUAACAAACACAUGUAGGCCAGAUGAUGUGGAAAAUUUUCCAGGCCGAGUGAAUUGUCGUGCC